CAAAAACGAAUCGAGCAUAUAGAAACGGCGAAAAGUCAAUCUAGAAAUUACAACAAAUUAAAGCAAGGACAAAUAUUAAAUACGGUUGAAAACUAUAAAACAGAAGUGACGAUAAUAACGAAUUUACAAUAAUAUAAAGCAGGAAAACAAACGUUCAUGAUAAAAUAGUAAACACUGCGCGAGGCGGCGAUUGGCGGCGCAAAGGGCGGCCGGGCUGGGCGGACACGCCGCAGCUAAAUUACCGGCGCUAGCGCGCCACAAUGCCAAUGUCGUCGAGAGCUUGUCUACUUUAUGUCUAUUUGGUAAACUAAAAGAACCAAUACAAUUUUGGCAUGUUAUCAUUUUCACAUCAAAAGCUACUGAUUUUGGAACGGAACACUCACGUAUUGAAAGUGCAAAAUAUCAGACCAAGGCCAAAAUCAGAGUGAAAUUAUUCUGACAAAAAUUGUCAUCGUGUCGUGCACAUUUGCACACAGCUGUCACGUUCCGCAGCUCCUAAGUCACUGUUUGAGUGCCGCCCAUGGGAGUGGAACAUAUUUUUAUCAGGGCGAGCGGUGGUCAUAUCUCAGACAGCACGGCCACUGGCACAGCUAAAGUUUAGCCACAUAGCCAGCCGAGGGAUCGCUCCGACACCAUGAAGUUCCUACUGGUCGCACUACUGGUGGGCGCCGCCUCGGCGUUCGUGGACAGGGCAGAGUGGGAGGCCUUCAAGCAGAAACAUGCCAAGUCCUACGCCAACCCCAUAGAGGAGUUUUACAGGAUGAAGGUGUACGCGGACAACAAGGUUCUGGUCGACAAGCACAUGAAGGAGUACGCCGAGGGAAAGCACACCUACACCGUGGCCCUCAACAAGUUUGCAGAUUUCACCACGGAAGAGUUUUCUCGCAUCUUCAAGGGAGUGAAAAUAGGAGGAGCUAGGCCUCAAGCCAUCCACAAGCGGUCUGCCAAGAGCCUGCCCUCGUCGCUGGACUGGCGCGAUCACGGCGUGGUGACGCCCGUCAAGAACCAGGGCCAGUGCGGCUCGUGCUGGGCCAUGUCGGUGACGGGCGCGCUGGAGGGCGCCUGGGCGCUGGCCGGCCACCCGCUGGUCUCCCUGAGCGACCAGCAGCUGAUGGACUGCUCCGGCGACUACGGCAACUACGGCUGCAACGGCGGCUGGAUCGACGCCUCGUUCAGCUACAUCAAGGACAACGGUGGCAUCGAGUCGGACGCCUCCUACCCGUACACGGCCAGCGAUGGCGGCAGGUGCAAGGCGACCGGGCACUCGGUGGCCACACUCUCCAGCUACGUGGACAUUCCCGCGGGCAGCGAGACCGACCUGCUGGACGCCGUCGCCACCGCCGGACCCGUGGUGGUCGUGGUCGACGCGACUCGGUACGGUUUCCAGAUGUACUCGGGCGGCGUAUACGACGACCCGGGGUGCUCCGCCACCUACGAGAACCACUCGGCCCUGGCCGUCGGCUACGGCACCGAGGACGGGAAGGACUACUGGCUCGUCAAGAACUCGUGGGGCACGGACUGGGGAGCGGACGGCUACAUUAAGAUGAGAAGGAACGCCAACAGCCAGUGCGGUAUCGCUGACAUGGCCUCCUAUCCUGUUGUGUAGAAAAUCUACGGUUGUUCUCACAACGUCAUGUGCCCUGUAUAGAUUCUAGCCCAUCUAACCUAAAAUGUCUAUGUUCCUUAUAAGAAUAUUGGUCAGAUCAGCCUUUUUGUUCCUAUGUUGUUUUUAAUUGCUGUCACAUCUAAUAAACGUCACGUGCCGUUA